AUGCCGAAAUUGCACACUGUCGAUCGAUUCCAAAAUGUGUGCCAUAGUAAUAAACAAGAUUUGAAAUCUGUUUCCGAGAAAAUUUCCGAAAUGGAAUCUAUCGGUAGCAAAUGUGUAAACACAGAUGUAUUAGAUUUAAUAAUGUCGGAUCUCGACAAGAAUCUAAAAGAACUUUAUCGUUAUGUUCUUGAUAAGCGUGUCGAAUGGGAAGAUCAACAUUCCGAUGCUAAUGAUUGGAUUAAUUCAAAAACAACCCGAGUUCUUGUUAAUCAAGCUCGAUGGAAGAAUAAUGAAAAUAAAAAGGAAAAUGAUGAUGAUAAAAAUGACAGUGUGACAAUCUUGGAACGAUUUAAUCAACUGGAAAGUAUCCGUGUCGAGUUUAAAGGCGUUGCAGCACAAGAAGGUAUUCGAGAGCUCGAUGGAAUUAUAGCGUUAGGUUCUCAAUUAGACGCUGCUUGGGAAUACCUUGAUAAAGCGACCAAUGUUGUGAAAGGAUUUGUCGAUAAAAUUGAACAAUGGUAUAAUUGUCAUGCAAUUAUUUAUCAAGUUGAAAAUGAAAUAUUAGAAGGAUUAUCCGACAGAAUCAAUAAAUUAGCUAGCAUCAAUCAUGAAAAGCUUGCAACGGAAGUUAAUGAAUUGGAUAGUCUUAUUAAGCAUGCUAACUUCGUACUCGAUGAAAUUAAAAACGUAUCCACUAAAAUCUCUGAUAAACCAGAAGACAUAGCCGAUCAAACCAACCGCCACAAUUUUGAUAAACAUCAUUCCGACGCACUAAAACGACUAAAUACUUUUUCAGCCUCUUUCCAGGUUGCUCUUAAGGCUGCUCUUAAUGCUUCAGAUUUGGAAACUUUUCAUACUGAAGCUAAUCGUAUUAUUGCUUCUUGCCAAGAAUCAGACAUUAUACGAUCACGUCAUGAAGAUUUACAAAACAAAGCACGAGAAAGUCAAGAGGUCACACGUGCUAUCAAGGAUAUUUUAAUGGCAAUCGGACAG